AUGUGGGGCGACGAGGACGACGACGCGCCCGGAGGUGGCCCCAUCUCAGAGCUCAAGAAUCUCUUCCGAAAGAAAGGGGCAGCGGCUCUGCCACAGGGACUUCUGGACGACUUCAUUCGAAGCACCAGCGGCGACGCGGCUGGGGACAGCGGAGGGGUCACCCUCGAAGAGCUCUUCCAGCCGCUGCUGCUGUCGUUGGUGAACGACGCGGCGGAACUAUGUUCCCGAGCGGACCCCAUGGCCGCGAUGGGGGAAUUCGCCUCCGUCGUUCAGGCCUUGGCGGCCCUGGUGGCUUGGAAACCGCUGGCCGGCCUCUUCGCAAACCUACCGGAUUGGGUGCCGGAGGCGGCGUGCUCCGGAAAGAGUCUGGAGAAGAAAAGCCCCCUAGGGAUACUCUUCUCCUUCAAGGCGUCUCGAGCGAGCUUUGAAGUCGGCACCAUCGACCUGGUAGUGUGCGGAGCAGAGUGGAGCAGGGAGAGGAAGGCGACGAGAGAAGAGAGCCAGGCCCUGGGGAGCGUUCUCAAGACGUGUCGUCAGUCCCUCACCACGGUGCGGGAAGCGCUGGUGGGUCUGCUGACCACGCUGCUCAAAGCCAAGCAGGCCAGAGAACAGGUUCUGCAAUGGGUUGGUGAAGUGGCCAAUCACAACAGGGGCCGAGAGCGCGACGGCUUCCACCAAGGGUUUGAGGUUCUACCGUUGAGCUCUGAGGGUAUGCUGGGCAACGUGCUGUGGGCCCUCCUGCGGCUUUGCGAACCGUUCCUCACGGCAGGAGACCCGAAGGCGGAGGCCCUGGCGGAUAAGACGGACCUCGACUACUUCAGGGGGAGCGAUAGGGUCAGCCGGUGGUUGGACCAGCGAAAUCAGUCCCGUAUCGCGCAAUUCGAGGCUAACCGGGCCGCCCUCCUAGCUUCGGCUUCCUCCUCCUCCUCGUCCCCCUCCCCGGGCAACAACCCCCAGUCGACCGCAGGGGCCGGUGCAGGCGGGGGGGAGAGGGAGGAGGAAGAAGAGAAGGAGAUCGACCCGAAGAGUAAGACUUUUGGAACUACGGCAGAGUUCGCCGGGCUUGCGGCGCGACUGUUGCACGUCGGGAUCGGGCAGAGAGUAAAGCAGUGCCAGACACGGCUGGAGGAGGGUGCCCUGACGAAGCUGAUGCUCCAGCUGGUGGACAUGGACCCGGACAUCGUACUGCCGUCCCUGCGGUUCCUGCGGUUCCAGGCAUCCCGCUUAAUCAAGCACGCCUCGAUAGGCCGCGGGAUCACGAGGAACGCGAUGGGAGAGCCGUUGCCGCCGCUGCCGAUGCCCCCGCCGCCUAGGUUCGCCAUGUUGCCGGCACACCUCAUGGAGGACGUGAGCGACAUGAUAAAAUUUCGCCGGGUACACGUGCCCGCCCGACUCCCGGUCAGGGCUAACGCCCUUGGAGCUCAUCUCCCCGAUCGAGGCGUCCGGGAUACUGUCGUUCCUCGUGCUCUUCAUUGGCACAUCCGGCUUACCGGCAGCCACACCCAGUUCUACGACAAGUUCACCUUCCGCAGCCUCACGGCCCAGCUCCUGGAGCACCUUUGGACCCUCCGCCCUUACCGGGAAAGCAUCAUCCGCUACUCGCAGGACAGCGCAAAGUUUGUUCGGUUCGCUAAUAUGCUCAUCAACGACAGCAUCUAUCACAUGGACGAGGCGGUCAAGUUCCUCUCUGCCAUCAAGGCCGCACAGGCGCGAGCGGCGGACCAAUCCCUGUCGGAGGAGGACAGGGCGGCGGCGCGGGAAGAGGCGGAACACUCAGGCAGAAGCGCCAAGUACUGCCUAAAGGAGGCGAAGCUGCUGCUACGCAUGCUUGCGUACAUGAGCGAGAGCAUCAAGGACGCCUUCAUGGUGGACGAGCUGAGGGCUCGAAUCGCGCAGAUGCUGGGCUACUUCCUCGACCACCUGGUCGGCAGGAAGAGCAAAGACCUUAAGGUGGAGAACAUGGCCGAGAUCGGUUGGCGUCCCCGGGAGGUGCUGGGUACCCUGGUGGACGUGUACCUGAGCCUUUCUGCGUGCCCCCCCUUCGCGGAGGCAGUCGCAGGAGACGAGCGGUCGUACAAGAGGGAGAUCUUCCUGCGUGCGGCAGAUGUUAUAUCUAAAGUCCCUUCGGACGGCUCUCCCGCCAGUGAGCCCCGUGUGGUGGAGGCUUUCCGGGCAUUCGCAGACAAGGCCGAGGCUGCGUUCGUCGAGCUGUCGCAGGCAGCGGAGGAGCUUGGAGACAUCCCGGACCGUUUCAUGUGCCCGAUCGGUUGCGAUAUCAUGCGCGAUCCGGUUACGCUGCCAACCAGCGGGCAGAUCAUGGACAGGCCGGCCAUCACCCGCCACUUGCUCUCGGACGCGCAAGACCCGUACAACCGGAAGCCGCUGACGGUGGAGAUGCUCGAGCCGAACGAUGCUCUCAGGGGGGAGAUAGAAGAGUGGAUCAGGAGCACCCCCAGUUACCGGUGCCGGAGCAGGCGCGGUGGCUGGCGGAUCAGAUGGCCUUGA